AAAUGGAAAAUCGCUGGAAAAGUUGCUUAGCUUGGCAGGGCUUUGCUUUAAUUACGGCAUCCACCGACUUUGAGAGCAUAAACAAAUUGCAAAUUGUUUAUGGCAUGCAAAUUAAUCAAAUCUCUUUCUCAAUUAAGCCUAGCCUGCAAGCCAAGAAGCUCAAAACCGAUGGCAUUGCAAUGGGAAAUGCUGGAAGUGGUAGAAAUGGUAGAAAUGGUAGAAAUGGGAAAUAUAAGGAUGGAAAAAAAGGAAUAUAUAUAUGAAAGAAAGAAGCACUUGAAGGAUAGGCAAAGUGAAAUCGACAGAUGGCCCAGACCCAAAAGAAAAACAUUGAAAAAUAGAAAAAUAUUCCAAUGAAAGGGCGCCGGCAUUCGGCAUAACUCAUGUAAAUGUAUACACAGGAAAAUUAAUACUCGGUGAAAGCAAUUUAAAGGUUGUUCAAGAUUUUCAACUUAAAAAAAAAAGGAAAAACAAUCCUUCAAUAGAUUAAAACUAUAAAUGCUGAUCAGGGAUGUUCGCUUAUAAGCAAUUAAACUCCCUCAACUCAACAAUUUGGAGCUGGAAAACUGCGAAGCUGGGGAGCUGUGAAGCAGGGAAGCUGGGAAACUGCGAAGCUGGGUAGUUUCAGUUUGCCAGCCCAAAGGGGAGCCAACAACAACUCAUGUAAUUGAGUGUAAACUUGUCAGAGCAUUUAUUUAAUGCCUAAUCAAGUGAUGUAUAACACAUGACUUACCCACUUCGCCACCUCUCUCCCCAUCCAUCCAUCCAUCCAUCGAAUGCCUUUUCUAUACAGACCAACCAUGCCUGCCCAUAGCAGUUAGUUACACCGAUGGGUGGAUGGGCGGUGUUUAAGUUGAAGUGUCAGUUGUAGUUGCUUGUCAAAAGUUGUGUUGUCCAAUUAGCAUAAUUUCUUGUCUCAACUUUAGCCCAAAAUGCAACAGAUACGGGGAUACGGGUUAAGGGAUAUGGGAAUACGAGAUAAGGAAAGUAUCUACGGACAUAUCUAAAUUGCCGAAUGGCCGGAAUUCGCUUAAGGUUACCUCCCCUGCUCCCAUUCCCAUUAAAUCGUUCAUACUCGUUCUCCAUUCCAUUAGGAAAACUUAUCCUUGGCUGGAUGGCGUUUUCUGCUCAGAUGGAUACACGCUCAUUAAAGAAUAAAUUGUAAUUAUUUUAGAUGUGCCAGCACAACAAUUAAUCAUUCGGAUCUUGUUGGGAUUAUGGGUGGGUGCUAGCGAGUGUGUAUGUGUGUUUGUGUGUGUGAAUGAAAGUAUCUGUGAAACAGAUUCGCUGGCUGGUUGGGCCACCCAACAGAACUGAAACAUUCCAAAACAAUCUUAAUUUGACAUCCUUUUGGACUUGGAACUUAAGGAAUAUCUAAAGAUAUGAGUUUUAGCCUUUGUAAGAUUGCAUCUUUAAGAUACUUCUUGGGUUUAUCAACAGUAUUGUAUAGAUUUCUAUCUAUUUCUAUCAUAUUAUAUAGCUCUAUAUAUCUGUUUUAUCAACAUUUCUUAUAUCCCAACCAAUUUCUUAAGUUCUCAUUUUCACCAUUAUAGAAAAUUUAGCAACCAUCCCAACCACCCUCUGACAACAAUUAAUCCCGCUUGAAUGCCCAUAAACGUUUUUCCAAAACUAGAAAGAGAAAAAUCAACAGCUGGCGAAGAGAGAGCCAAGGUCGUUUGCCGGAUGCCUGAUGCUCUUUAGUGCGGGGAAAAUCCCAAGGAAAAACUCACCACAACGACGAGGAUUUUUGCCGAGGCAACGAGUUCAACGCACGAAGCUUUUACGUGCGGCAUUCAGUCUCACGUUGAACUCUGCUGCUGUUUGUUGUCAGCCGGCUGGUGAAUUAACCCUUUUAGAUCACAGAAGCCAUCCGAUUUGGCCAACUGAGCCAUUCAGCCGCCAAGCCGAAGGACGAAGGACCACGACCACGACCACGACCACGACAAUUCGCGAUGUGUUGUUAAAGACCAAAGAAACCAAAAGGCCAACCUUUUUAGAGGUCUUAAAAUAUGAAAAACAAGUGUCCCAGACGCGAUCGCGUGACGUUAAACGUUUGAGUGCCGGGAAAAACUCUUUAAAAAAAAAAUAAAGAAAAUUUCCAAAGAAAAGAAAGAAAUGAAAGAAAUGAAAAAACAGCUGAAAAGUUAGCUGAUCUCGGUGCGCGCUUUUCCAUUAUUUACGUCCCCCUUUAUUUUUUUUUUUUUUGUUUGUUUUUGUUAGCCGGCACAACGCUCAAACAACACACACAUACAUACAUACAUCUAUAUAUAUAUAUAUAUAUAUAUAUAUAAAUAUAAUAUAUACAGUGCUAAUGAUGGUGAUGAAAAUUCAAUACCAAGUGAAGAAAAAUGCAACAAAUGCUUGCGAAAUGAAAAAUUUGUCCACACAAGUGUGAAAAACCGAAAAGCAAGAAAAAUCUGAUAAAACUGAGAUAAUCAGCGAGCACAAGCAAGCUUUUAGCACAAGGCAAAGCCAAAGCCAAACCCAACAAAACAAAACAAAAAAAAAAAUAAUAAUAAUAAAAAAAAACACCCAAUCAACCAAAUAAGCUGUGGGCGAAAGUGCUUCGAGAACGAACAUUAACUUAAACUUCGAUCUGCUGAAAGUAACGUUUUUUUUUAGUCGACUCACUUUGGCUUGAUUGAUUGAUAGAUUGGUGAGGCUAGGACCGGGGCAAAAACAGCGACCAAAUGCAAGAUGAAUCCGGAUCAACCGAUGUCAAUGCAAACUGGGGCGCCGCCACCGCCGCCCUCGCAGCUGACCACUCAUACAAUCGCCGCGUCCAUCGUCACCGCUGCCCCGCCCACCGGCUCCAUGGCUGCACCCAACACAGCAAUGCAUUUUGGCGGCGGCGGCGGUAUGGUUAUACCGCCAACAUCAUCAGCUGGCGGUACGGCUGGCAAUUAUGUGUCCAUCGGCAUUCUGCCCAGCAUGUCGCCAGCCCAAUUGCCCCCGCUCCUAUUGCCCGCUCCGCCACCUGCGACGACGACCUUCAAGACCACGCCUCUGCUGCCCAUGCCAACGCUCGAGGACAUUGAGGUGGCCAAUCAGGCGGGCGGCCAAGGCGGUCAGGUGGUCGUGUCCUUGGCCCAAACUUCGAUGGCGCCGCCGGGUAUAUUGAAAUAUCCGACGGCGGGGUAUGUAAGCGAGUUGAUGGCACCGCCGCCGACCAACCUGCCGCUACCCAUGUCGCUACCCCACCCCCCGCCGCCGCUGACCUCGAUUGCCAGCAGUACAGCCGGCAGCAACAACAGCAACAUCAGCAGCACCAACAACAGCAAUUGCGGUACGCUGAAAAGUAAUGCAAAAUUGUUGCCGCUUCAAUUGAUGGCCACGCCCCCGAGUCGCAAAGAACCACUGACGCCGGCCCAUCCGCAGGCGGCAUCGAUACAAGCCCAGGCACAGGUGCAACAUCAGCUGCAGCAGCAACACCAACAGCAGCAGCAACACCAACAGCAGCAACACCAACAACAGCAGCAACAACGACGCAAGCGACAGGGAUGGUGUUCUUGCUUUGGUUCUGGAGGAGGCGGCGGUGGGUCAAUAGGGAGCGGUGGUGGUGGUGUUGGCGUAGGAGAUACCGGAAAGACACCACCCGGAUACGGAAGUAAGGACAAAAAGAAGAAUCGCAAGGCCACCACGCAGACGGUGUGGUCCGCCCUGCUCACCAACCUGGGCAUCUGCAUGCUGCUGCUCGCCUACACGCUGUUGGGCUCCUUCAUCUUUCUGACCAUCGAGAACGAGGACUCGGCUUUGCUGCAUCAGCAGCACACUUUGGCCAGCACCAAGCGCAAUAUGGCUGGCUUGGGGAUCGGAGUUGGUGCGGGCAUUGGAAACAGUAUCUAUCAACAGCAGCAGCACCAGCAAAGGACAUCCCAACAGCAGCAGCAGCAACAACAUCAGGCGGUACAGGGACGUCACGCGGACAAUGACACGGUGGCCGCGGCAGCAGCCGCUGUUGCCGCCCAGGGAAUGUUGGCCGGAAAUGCCGGCGGCCUCAAUCCAUUUGGGCCCGCAUCUAGUGGCGAUUUUGUUUACGGUAUGGACGAUACGGCCGAUUUGGAAGCGGCCGGAAUGCCCCAGUUUGCCCUGUCGCCGGACACCUACGAUGUACGGCAGCGGACCAUUGAGAAUAUCUGGGACAUAACCGUCUCGCUGAAUAUUCUCUAUAAGGAGAACUGGACAAAAUUAGCCGCACUUGAAAUAGCCAAGUUUCAAGACCAAUUAAUCAAGAGACUGAACGAGGAUGUUAUGCUGCAAUUAUCGCACGACGAUGUGGCCAACGCUCCCUCCUCCCCUCCUCCCUCCUCCUCCUCCUCCUCCUCCUCAUCCGCCUCAUCGUCAUCAUCGGGCGCCUCUGGUAUUCCGGGGAGCAACAAUCCGGCCACGGAAGCUGUGCUCCUUCACACACACUAUCACCAUCAUCGUGCCGGAGGCGUUGGAGGCGUGGCUGUGGGAGGAGGACCGCCGCAUGAGUGGAAUUUUGCCAAAGCGUUUUUGUAUUCGCUGACCGUUUUGACCACAAUUGGCUAUGGAAACAUUGCACCGCGUACGACUCUCGGAAGGAUCGUGACUCUGGCGUACGCCUUCUUUGGCAUCCCCUUGACUUUAGUCUACCUGAGCAGUACGGGCAGCAUUUUGGCCCGAGUAGCUCGGGAAGUCUUCUCGAAGGCCCUGUGCUGCUGUCUUUGUUCCAAUUGCGGGUAUUGUUGUUACGAUGAGAAAAGGAUGGCAGAAAAAGAGCGUCGGAUGCGACGGAAGAGGCAACAGGAGGAGUUACGUAAGCAACAGGCAGUAAUGCAGGAACCAUAUUACGUAAGGGACGUUUUUCAUGCCACGCCCGAAAAAGAAGCAGUUGCCGGAGCACAGCCACCGAAUGUCGUGGGUCCUGGAGGAUCCGUUGGUGGUUUGGGGGAUAUAGAUUCUCUCAGUGCCAGCGAAUCGAGGGGUUCCAUGCAUGGCCUCAGUAUAUUAGCCCCCAUACUCCUUUGCUUCUCCAUGAUGAUCAUUUAUAUUGUUUUCGGAGCCGCCGUCUUAUAUCGCCUGGAAAAUUGGCCCAUCCUGGAUGGCAUCUAUUUUUGUUUCAUGAGCCUGUCCACCAUUGGUUUUGGCGAUAUGUUACCGGGCUUACGCAGAGAAUCGAAUGCCACCACUUGGUUUUGUUCGGUUUACAUAAUGUCGGGCAUGACCCUAACGGCCAUGUGUUUCAAUGUCAUCCACGAGGAGAUUGUCCAUCGGAUUCGCAUUGUGGUGGAGUUCAAGAAGACGAGUGCUGCGAAUUCUAGCGGUGGUUUGAUUGGUGGCGGUAGUGUUUCCAGUGGCCCAGGCGGUGCUGGUGGUCCCGGUGGAUCAAUGAUGGAUGUGGCGCACGAGGAUGGCGGUCAAUACUAUGUCCCGGCAUCUUGACACUAUGAAAAGCGAGGGCAUCUCUACCAGCGUAACCCCACCGAAGAGACCCUGGUGACAGACACACCCACAUCGCUGGUGCUGAAGGACUAUGUAAACCACGAGCUGGUGCCCAUCCUGACAAUGGAUCCGAACGGCGCCCGGUUGGCCCCCGC